ACAUUUAUAGGGUUCUUUUAUUUACCAUUUGAAAAAAAAACGAGGAAAGAAAAGCUAUGAAAGAAAGUAGAGAGAGAGAGUAGUGCAGGUGGAAGAACAGUUGAUUAUAUAUGAAAGGCGAGGGGUUUAUGAGGGAGAUUUUGCAGGUGUUGAGACUGUAGCAGUCGGGGUGUGGAACAGAGAAGAUGAGCUACGGAGGAGUACACGAGCGAGAGAAGUUGAGCGAGGAUGGAGUGCAUGGGAGAGAGCUGUAUGCUCGAUUACACGUCUCUCCUGAUGCUUCCGACGAAGAUAUCAAGAAAGCAUAUCGACUUUAUGCACAAGUUUAUCAUCCAGAUAAAUAUCAGUCUCCCCAGAUGCAAGAUAUUGCUACACAGAAUUUCCAAAGAAUACGUGAAGCAUAUGAAAUUUUGAGUGAUGAGCGGAAGAGACAAAUUUAUGAUAUCUAUGGUAUGGAAGGCUUAGUGUCAGGGUUGGAACUGGGUCCAAAACUGAACACACCAGAAGAAAUUAAGGCAGAGUUUGAGAGGAUGAAGCAACGGCAGGAGGAAGAAAAGUUUGCAGCUCAUGUACGACCAUCUGGGUCUUGGCUUGCAACUUUAUCUUUGCCACAGUUUCUGAAGGGAGGUGGCAUUAUGAAGGGGAUGGCCAUGUCCAGUGAAGUACAGUCUCACAUGUCGAGGAAAGAUACUAUUGUACUCGGUGGAAACUUGGCAGUAUCUGGUGACAGUGGAGGUGGAGCUGCCACAGCCAUGCUUAGACACCAAACAUCUUCAGCAUCUUCCAUGGAAGUUGUUGCUACUGCAGGAUUGCGCUCUGUUCUUGGUUUCAAUACUUCCAGACAUUUGUCCCUUCAUUCGACAGGCACUAUGGGUAUAUCAAUAUCUUUCAAAGAUGGUUCUGUCAAUCUAGAAAAUACAUGGACACGACAACUAUCAGAAUCAUCAUCAGGAAAUAUACAUCUUAUAUUAGGAGCAGAUCCAAAUAUAGCUGUUGGAUGGCAAAGAAAAGAGGAAAGGAGCUCAGCUGCAGGCGAAGUGAAGUUUGGUCCAACAGCUUUUGGGGCUAUAGGGCAUUAUACUCAUCAUUUUUCAUCAAAAUCUCACGGUCGAAUUGGAGGCAGGAUUGGAAGCUCUGCUUUGGAGUUUGAGAUUGGAGGUGGCCGGCGAAUAUCAGAGUAUAGCACCUUACGAAUGCUCUGUACUCUAGGGAGUGAGGGAAUCUUUUGGAGGUUUGAGCUUCACCGUGGUGGUCAAAAGCUAAUUGUCCCUGUGUUGCUGUCAAGAGCAUUGAAUCCAUUACUUGCUACUGGUGCAUUGAUUCUUCCUUCUUCACUGUAUGCUUUUCUAAAGGUUUGUGUCAUCAAACCUUACUAUCGCAAAAGGGAAAACCAAAAGACUAUAGAGAAGCGACAAAAGACUUUGUCUCAGGUACUUGAGGCAAGAGCAGCAGCAAGCAAUGCCCAAACACUUCUCCAGAAUGUUGCUAAUAGAAAACAAAAGAAGCAAGCUGAGAGAGGAGGAUUAGUAAUUACAGAAGCUGUGUAUGGAAAUCUCAAAGGUCACAGCGAAAAUGAAGAGGAAACCACACCAAGCAUUGAUAAUGAACUACCACUGCCGAUACUAGAUGUUACAAUACCAUUGAACUUUUUGGUGGAUGAUUCAGGCCAACUUAAGCUUCAUGAAGGGAUUAAGAAAUCAGGCAUCAUGGGAUUUUGUGAUCCAUGUCCUGGGGAACCUAAACAGUUAAAAGUAUCAUACACCUUCCAAGGUCAUCCAUAUGAAGCAGUGGUUGAUGAUUGUGGUGGACUACAACUUCCUUAAAAGAACAUGAGAAUGUUGACAUCCCAGCCUUAAUCUGCAUAUAAACUUCAAAAGAAAAUCAUUCUUUACCUGGCAACGAGCAUUCAAGUGCAUGCUGCUUUUGUUAUCAGAAAUCAUCUGUGCAACUAAAGAUUUUUAAUAUGCAGAUAAUGCUAUGGAGGGAAUCCUCUCUCUAGCUACUUGAUCCGGGAGUUCAGCAUCUAUUUAAGAGGACACAGUUUUUUAUACCGUCUUGUUUUCCCUUAUGUAUCUACAGCAUUACCGUUCUGUAUUAAGAUGUAUGUGACGAAAGAUCAAUUUUGAGUUGUGACACUUUUUCCCUAUAUUAGGUGUCACUUAGUGUUCCAUAAUAACCCUUCUAACGAAUAUUUGACUUGCAAAUAUGAUACUCAAAGUUCGUGAUAUUUAUAUUGAAAAAAAUUGAAAUUGCUUUUACGCAGAAUUAAUGCCAUUCAGUAGGAUAGAGUCUCUGAAAAGUCAUGGUUUCAGAAUAUAACAAUGAAAACUUCAAAUUAUGCGUUUAUAAGAACCCGACCAUCUCUAUUGUGCAGAAUAAGAUAUGUUAAGUGGUUAUAUUAUUAUGAGGGGGUCAUUUUUCCUUA